AAUAUUUUUAUUAAUCUUGUGCAGUAUUCUCUAUUUUAGGGUUGAGAUUUCAGUUUAGCAGGUUUUUUAGAAGCUAAAAAACCUGAGGAGUGUGUCUGGUUGAUUUGGGACACACCAAACACGCCUCAGAAACGGAAGAAUCCCCCUCGCUCCAUGGGGGAACAAAGCGGAGGUAAAAAUGCAGGUUCAAGCAAGACAAGCCUUUCUGAAAACUCAGCCACAAGCCAGCAAGCUCCCUCACCAAGCAGUGGGAGCACAGGAACUGCCACCCCACCUGGUGAAGCAGAAAUAAAGGGAUGGCUGUACAAAUGGACCAAUUAUAUCAAAGGGUAUCAGAAGAGGUGGUUUGUCCUUUAUAAUGGACUUCUUUCCUACUACAGGACCCAGGCAGAAAUGUCCCAUACAUGCCGGGGGACUAUGACUAUGCACGGAGUGACAAUCAUCACUGAAGAUUCGUGUAAUUUUGUGGUGUCAAAUGGGGCUACUCAGACUUGGCAUUUGCGAGCAAGUACGGAGGUGGAUCGACAGCGCUGGGUCACUGCAUUAGAAUUGGCCAAAGCCAAAGCUAUCAAAAUGUUGGAUUUAGAUGAAGAUGAAGAUGAGGAACUGGAGAAGAUGGAAGGAGAUCCUCAGCUGGCAGAAGACAUAGACUUUGUCAUUCGCACCCUUGGUGGAAAGCUAGAAGAUAUGACAACAUGCGAAGAGUUGAUUCGGAAGCAUGGAACGAGUCUCCAGCGUGCUCUGGGAGAACUGGAGUCCUUGCAUGCUCAAGCUAGUGCCGAGGGAAACGAUGCCAUGACAGUUGCUGCUAAGGUUCCCAGUCAUUUGAAGACUGUCAGUGAGAGAGCCACUCUCUUUCGUAUCACUUGUAAUGCCAUGAUCAAGAUGUUCUUGAGAGAACAGAAUAUGUGUUUUCACCAGGCCUGUUCAGAUUAUGUUGACUUGGCAACCAAUCAAGGUCGCAAGUGGCAGCGCCUUCUACAGCAUGAAAGGGAUCAGCGAAAUCAGUUUGAAGAGAUGGUGAUGGCUCUGGCCAAGCAGCACUCUCACCUGGAAGAGAGUGUAAAGGUCCAUGCAAUGAACCCCGGUUCCCCAUUUCAAGCUCCUCCUGUGACUGGGAUGGCCAAAACCAACAGCAUCAUCCUCACAGAGUCCGAAUCCGAUGAAGGAGAGUUUUUUGAUGCUCUUGAGGAGGGUCAUGAACCAAAGAGUGCUGAUCUUGAUUUCAUUGUUCAUCAAUGUCACAAACGGUCAUAUUCUGGUCAAAGUCUCCCAGCUACUGUUUCCUCAUCUUCCUCUGGGGAGCCAGUUUCACAGGCUGGAGAAGGAAACUCAAGUUCUUAUGAGAUGGAAGAGGGGAAUCGAGAGAAUCGUACUCGUCACCACAAGAGAGUGGAGGAUCUUUCAUCGCCCUCUUCAAGUCCAACAAGGAGGUUGAGCUCCUCUGAGACUCACCUGAGCUCCAUUGGAGGGGAUGGUGAUGUAAUGAGUAAGCAGCCACUGAGAUUCCCGCCAACCCAGGCACGACCUAGGCGAAACCGCAUCCCACCUAAGCCCAAUUACUCCAUCAAUUUAUGGAGCAUCAUGAAGAGUAGUAUUGGGAAGGAUCUCACCAAAAUACCAAUGCCUGUAUGUUUUUACUUAUCACUUGAUUCUAUCCCCAUCAAUCUUUUGAGUAGUGCUACGUUUUCUGAUACAAUAUGUGCUUCCAUGCUGCAGGUGAACUUCAAUGAGCCACUAUCUAUGCUUCAGCGAUUGACAGAAGAGUAUGAAUAUGCAGACCUUCUGGAUCGUGCAGCUCUCUGUUCAGAUCCACAUGAACAGAUGGUUUAUGUAGCAGCAUUCACUGUUUCAUCCUAUGCUAGCACCUCCUUGCGAACUGGAAAACCAUUCAAUCCUCUUCUUGGUGAGACCUAUGAAUGUGAUCGACGUGAUGACCUCGGAUGGAGAGCCGUCAAUGAGCAGGUGUCACACCAUCCACCUGUGGCAUCACAGUACUGUGAAGGCCGAGGCUGGCAUGUAAGCCAGGAAUUUAGCAUGAGCUCAAAAUUUCGAGGGAAAUAUCUUCAGAUCAUCCCCCUUGGAUCAACUGAGCUCACAAUUGGCAAGAGUGGUGAGUCCCAUUUCAGUGUUUUGCAUGUGUUUUCCAGGAUUGUAUUUACCCUGCAGGAAUCACUACUUAUUACAGGAAAUAGAUAUACAUGGAGAAAGGUAACAACAACAGUUCACAACAUCAUUGUCGGAAAGCUGUGGGUGGACAAUCAUGGAGAGAUGACCAUCACCAACCACACCACUGGUGAUCGCUGCCACAUCAAGUUCAGUCCCUAUUCCUACUUUUCUCGUGACAUCCCAAGAAAAGUGAGUGGAUAUGUGAUGGAUCGUGAGGAGCGUGUGUACUGGGUUCUUUCUGGGACCUGGGAUUCCAAGAUGGAGGCAUCCCGUGUGAUAAACACGUCCCGAUCCACCGAGCACACCAAACCCAUCCUGGAGACUGCACCCCCCAGAAUUGUCUGGAAAGCAAAUCCUGGCUUGGAUGGCUCGGAGCAAAUGUACCACUUUAGUCUUCUGGCCGUACAGCUGAAUGAACUUGAGGAAGGUGUGGCUCCAACAGAUUCACGUCUGAGGCCAGAUCAGCGCUACAUGGAGAUGGGCCAGUGGGAUGAAGCAAACACAGAAAAGAUGAGGCUGGAAGAGAAGCAGAGGAUGGUUCGGAAGAAACGAGAAUUGGAAUUGGAACGUGCUCAAGCCGAAGGUCAAGAAUAUCCUCCCUAUGCACCAAUGUGGUUCAAGAAGGAAUUUGAUGUGUUAUUGAAUUCUUCUAUUCACAAGUAUCUGGGCCAAUACUGGGAAUGCAAGGAGAAGCAGGACUGGUCCCGAUGUCCCAAUAUUUACUGACAAUAUUGAAGUUUAACGUCCAUUGCCUCUUGUUACUGCGAUUUUUUUCCCUCGUUCCUCUUCCCCUUAUUUUAUCCGUGGCUAUCUUCUCGGAGAGUUCCCUUUUCACAUUCUCCCUUGGGAGGGAACUGCCAUGCAGUUCAUGUCUCUUUUUUCCCAGUUGCUGUGAUAUCCACUGAUGUUGAUCCACUUUUCGAGUCAUGGGGGAUGUUCCCCCAGCAUAACACUGGUCGGCCUUGUAGGAGCUAGGGAGUCUAGGUCGGUCCUUUUAUUCAACCUUAUGCAUUACCGCCUAGCAGCAGGAGACAUUUAGAGGGCGUUUGGGUUUGGGAAACUGAAGUUGUCGACAUUAGGAUGCCAUUAUAUGCACCAAAAGGAAACAAUAAAUGCUUGUGGGCCUUCUAUUUAAAAUGUUUUGGGUGCAGAGCUUUAUUCAUACCAAGUUUGAUUGUUGAUAAAUCGAGGAGUUAAUAAACAUGAGAU